GAGUUAUGAUCAUGCUUCCCCCUACCUUCCCAUUACUACUUUUUCUUACUCACUUUCAGCUCACAACAUGAAAAUCACAAAACUAUCCCAAGUUUUAAAACUAACAUCUUGAUCAUUCACAAGAAGAGGCCAUCACUACCAGUCACUGAACUUAUAUAUUACGCAUAUAUGUAAAAUAAAAACUUUGUCCCGUUGUAUUGUUUUGGGACCUCAGAAGACUCGCCUUACUCCUUGUUAUUCACUAAAUAUGAUUCUAAACUUAAUUACUAUUCAAUCAUCCUGAAAAUGGUGAUUGCAAGAACUGAAAGAUCAUAUUCAAAGUCCGGGUUUGUUCGAGUCUCCGAUCCCUACUCUGUAGCAAAUAUUGCACUGCAAAUACAGCAGUUUAAGCAAGUGAUCGAUGAGGUCGGGCCAACUUAGUAGCGCUCAUUUGGGUGAGCUGUGGAGUCUAAAGUUGAAAUGGAGUUUCUAGGUGUGUAGGGAAAAAUUUUACGUAGUUCCCGUGCCACCACAAUGGCAUGACAUCAAAAGAGUGACUAGAACCUGUCCCUAACAAGCUCGAAAGAUUCUUCAAAUAGCUUUACCCGGUUCAAAAAAAGAGAUACUAAAAGAACCUGGAAGUCGUCCAUUUCAUCUUCUCAAUCGAAAGUUUAGGAGGGUGAAGUAAAAAGAGGCUUAUAGUUUUUUCAAUCUAAGAUGAACUAAGAGGUAGAGGCAGACGCAGUCUUCCUACUUUGCUUGAGACCCCCUUGCUUAGUUAGAGAAAGAGAUAGAGGUGUUAGGUGCUAUGACAAAUAAGAAGUGGACAUUUGUAUUAGGACCAAGUGAGUUCAGCUAAACGUUGAUUGACUGGCAUCGGUAGUGUAGCACUUACGGAAGCCUCCCUUUGACAAAACUUAACAUCCCACUUCGUUGGAGUUCUUCAACCAAAUCAUCAUUCUUCAUAAUAAACUCAACCAUUUCAUUCAUUCUUCUCCAUUUCAAACCUCUGAAUUUACACUCCCCUGUCAAAAAUGGCUACCAAUCCCUCCAAAGCCUUGCUUCUGGCCUUGAUCUUCAUAGCAACAGUUCUAAUCCAACCCCUGACUCUUUUAUGCGAUGGCGAGGAGGAGAAAUAUAGGAACUGCAACUCAUCAUUGAAGUGCCUCACAUAUCCAAAUCUCGGCUAUCCUUUCUGGGGUUUGAAUCGACCUGAUUACUGUGGCCAUCCAAGUUUUGAGUUGAGUUGCAGAGAAGAAGCUCUAGAAAUUGCAAUCAACUCCAUCGCCUAUCGGGUUCUCGAGAUCAAUACCAACACACACACUCUGAGGGUAGCUAGAAAAGAUUACUGGAACAAUAUCUGUCCACAGUCCUUGAAGAACACCACGUUUGACUCAAGCCUCUUCUACUACAGCUCAGACACUCAGCCCCUAAAGCUAUUUUAUGACUGCCCACCCUUGCCCGUUGGUUUGCCUGGCCAGUUUCGUUGCAACAUAAACAGCACAAAUUAUGUUAAUCUCAUCGUAACCCAGAAUUCCGAGGCUAGGAAUAUCUCAAACACCAUGAAGUGCAACCAUAGCGUUGAUGUUGCAAUCUCUAAAUCAAUGAUGCAAAGUCUACAGAGUAAUCCAAGUGAGCAAAACCUAAAAGAAGCUCUUGAAACUGGAUUUGAGUUGCAGUGGAGGAUAGACAAUAGAGUGUGUUAUGAGUGUCAUGAAUCAGGCGGGCAGUGUGGUUCAGACCCAAGUUUGGGUGAAUUCACUUGUUACUGUUUGGAUGGAGCUUUCAAAACCACUUGUGGAUCAACGCCUUCAGCAGAGGCAACGAAGACGAAGAAGACAGCAACAGAAAAAGCCAUUAUAAUUGGUGCUUCGGUUGGAGGAGCCUUUUUGGUGGCAACGAUUUUAGGGUUUUGCAUCUUUUUUUGUUUGGGGAAGAAGAAGAAGAAGCACCCAGUUGGGUAUGUCAGCAAGGAAGCUGCCCUUUCUCCUCCUGUUUCUGAUCCUCUUUCCGACAAAGAUAUGCCUCCCGCUCCUCUUCUGAACUCCUUCCAGACUCACAGCAUUCCUUCUUAUCCCUCUUCCAAAUCUGACCUUGAGAGGCCUUCCCCCAACUCUGAUAUUCAAGUAUUCAGCUAUGCUGAACUCGAAAAAGCCACCCAGAAUUUCAACCGUUCUGGAGAGCUUGGCGAUGGCGGAUUUGGCACUGUUUAUUAUGGGAAGCUUGAUGAUGGGCGUGAAGUUGCUGUGAAGCGUCUAUAUGAACAUAACUGCAAACGUGUGGAGCAGUUCAUGAAUGAAGUGAAUAUCCUUGCUGAUUUACAACACAAGAACCUUGUCAAGCUCUAUGGCUGCACCUCCAAAUUUAGCCAAGGCCUUCUCCUUGUCUACGAAUACAUUCCCAAUGGAACUGUCGCCGACCAUCUCCACGGAUCACGGGUGAAGUUUGGUCUACUCAGUUGGCCGAUUCGGUUGCGAAUCGCCAUCGAAACAGCGAAUGCACUCAUAUAUCUCCAUCGCAAAGACAUCAUACAUCGAGAUGUCAAAACCAAUAACAUUCUCCUCGACAGCACCUGCACUGUCAAAGUGGCUGAUUUUGGCCUUUCAAGGCUGUUCCCUACUGAUGUAACUCAUGUUUCCACUGCCCCACAAGGCACGCCUGGCUAUGUUGAUCCUGAGUACUACCAAUGUUAUCAACUUACUACUAAGAGCGACGUAUACAGCUUUGGAGUAGUUUUGAUCGAGCUUAUAUCGUCGCUAAGAGCUGUCGACACCGAUCGGAAACGACAGGAUAUCAACUUGAGCAAUAUGGCAGUGAGUAAAAUACAAAAUCGGGCAUUGAAUGAGUUGAUCGAUCCGAAGCUCGGGUUCGACAAGAAUCCUGAAGUUAUGAGGGCGACAACAUCAGUAGCGGAGUUGGCUUUUCGUUGCCUUCAACAAGAAAGAGACCUGAGGCCUUCCAUGGAAGAAGUGGUGGAAGUACUAAGGGAGAUUGAGAAUGACAAAUCCAGGUCUGAGAUGUCUAAAGUUGUCGAUAUAGGAGUCGUUGAAGACGACAUCGAGAUCACGAAGAGAACACCACCCGCCUUUUCGCCGAAUUCUGUCAUAGAUGAUAACUGGGUUAGCAGCUCUACCAUUACAAAUUCCUUGUGAUGGUGUCUUCAUAUGGUAUCAUAUUUUGAUAACACGUUGUGUAUGAUGUGUGUAUGGUAGUUUGUGCAUAGUAUACACUGUAAUUUGACUUCUUAUACAUAGCCGCCUUCAUUUCAAUAAGGGAUUAAAACUAAAAUCUGCUUUGUAA